CUCUUUCCUUGCUCUUAGUGGCUUGGCCUGUGUCUCUUGAGAAGGGGGCUUUAUGCUCUCAGAUGGGGGUGGGCAGGCCUGGCUGUUUUCAGGAGGAGACUGUGUGGAGCCUGAAUGCUGUGAUGAAAGUACCUUGUACUCCAGGCUCUGCUCUGCCUCUGUAGAGUGCUUUUUUUCCAGACCCCUAGCUCCCCAGAGUGCAGAUGAAAGUGGAACUCUUGGUGGUAGCAGGCACAUGUUGCUAAGAUACAGGAAGCUGUGCAAGCUCAGCAGCCUCCUCUCUCCUGAGAGCUGCAAAGAAUGAGAAGAGCUAAAGUAACCUAGCAGGUGGCCUGAGCCAGCAUGAGACCAAGCCCACAGUAAUGGGUAGCGACCUCACACAGAUGCACCCUGACACUCCAACAGAGAUGAGCUACCGCUGAUCCAUAAUCAUGCAGAGCUCCCAGAAAACUGGGCCGACAUGCAGGAACCCUUGCUGGAGGGGAUGGGCUUUACACUCAAGUACCUGGGCAUGACGCUGGUGGAGAAACCCAAAGGAGAAGACAUGGCAGCCAAUGCCAUCCGUCGGAUAAUCGCUAUGGCUCGCAUGGGAGCCAAGAAAUUCCAGAAGGUGAUUCUGACAGUCUCGCCGAGGGGCCUCUCGCUGCAGGAUGCUGAGACCAAGGAGAUGAUCGAGUGUGUCUCCAUUUACAGGAUUUCCUACUGCACUACGGACAAGUUGCAGAACAAGGUGUUUGCCUACGUGGUGCAAAGCCAGCAGAGUGGAGCACUGGAGUGCCAUGCCUUCCUCUCACCCAAGAAGAAGAUUGUAAGCACCUGCCCUUAGCAAGAAGAGGUCCAGGAUGGGUCCAGCCAGUCCCUCUGGUCCAGGGAGCGAAGGUCCCUGCUUCCCCAGCACCUCCAGGCUCCAACGAUCUCUGCAUGCCAUGUUUCAGGGGCUGCCUGCUAUGCUGCAUGAUGCCCCACUCCCAGCAAGGGCAGCAUUCUUCCCACCACCUGUCACAGAUCCACAAGAUUUGAGCUGUGCCACAGCUUUUCAAGAGGCUCUUGGAGGACCCCCUUCAAUGUGGCACACCUUCAAGGGGUGCCACUAGUCCUUCGGGGUUGAUCCUGGAUCCUCACUGACAGGUUCCCCCUGGGCUGCCACUGGAACUGGGGUGCCAACAAGCCCUUUGGCCCACUAGUCUAGGCUCCUUCUCCCUCUGCUGCUGUGACAAGCAGCAGGCCUGUUCUCAGGCCUUCACUUCUACACAGCGUUCACACAGGUAGGGACACACCUUGCUACAGUUACAUGCAGGCUCUCUGCCUAACCCAGCGAUGGGAGGGACACAGCCAAGGCAACUCCCAGCUCCGCAAGCACACACAUCCCGAACCCCCGGAGUAUAAACUCAAAAUGAUGCAAUCUUGCACUGCACAGAAGGCUGUACAGUGUAAGCUCAUAGUUCGCCUUCUCCUUCAAUAUGGAGAGGAAUAUGCAACAGCCUUUCCCCUUGGACUAGGGUUCCUAUACACUUCACUCCAGUUAACUGGUUUGCUACAGAGUAUAUUUUUACGUUAUAAGUACUGGCAAACAGAUCAAAGCAGAUUACCUAGUAAAUAAACAAAAAUGCAAAGUAAGCUUAAUAUACCGGCUAGAUUGGGUAUAAAUUCUCAGAUUCUCAACCUGAGAGAUGAUGCAAGGCGGCUGCAGAUUGUUAAAGAGCAAGCUGCUCUUGUUAUACAGCUUGGAAGCCCCAAGUCUUUUGUACGCAGGUUAGAAAUCCCUUUAGCCUAUGUCUGCCACUUCCUUCAGUUCAGUCUUUGUUCCUCAGGUGUUUCCAGGAGUCCUCUUGUGUGGGAGUGAGGGACGGAUGAUGUCACACUCUGUCUUCUAUAGCUUUUGCAAAUGGCAGGAACCCUUUGUUUCAAAACUUGGUUCCUAGACUGGUUUGUGGAAAGUACUGAGGUCUCAAGAUGUGGUCUGGUCCCAUGUCCUUGCAGAGGCAAAGCAGCCACUACUCACA